CCGGCGGUAGAGGCGGCGAGGGAGGACUAGAGCGCAGACGUCCGACGCGCGGCGCGGCUGCCAUGGGCGCGCAGUGACCCGCUGUUCAGCGCGAAUUUUCUCGGCGGCGCGGAGCUCCUUGACUGGCCGUGCGUCUCCUCGGUCACCAUGAAAGACGACUUUGCAGAAGAGGAGGAGGUGCAGUCCUUCGGUUACAAGAGGUUUGGUAUUCAGGAAGGAACGCAGUGUACCAAAUGUAAAAAUAACUGGGCACUGAAGUUUUCUAUCAUAUUAUUAUACAUUUUGUGUGCCUUGCUAACAAUCACAGUAGCCAUUUUGGGAUACAAAGUCGUAGAAAAAAUGGACAAUGUUACGGGUGGCAUGGAGACAUCUCGCCAGACCUAUGAUGACAAGCUUACAGCAGUGGAAAGCGACCUGAAAAAAUUAGGGGACCAAACUGGAAAGAAAGCCAUGAGCACCAACUCAGAACUCUCUACCUUCAGAUCAGACAUACUGGAUCUUCGUCAGCAGCUGCGUGAGAUCACAGAGAAAACCAGCAAGAACAAAGACACUCUGGAGAAGUUACAGGCAAGUGGGGAUGCCCUGGUGGACAGGCAGAGUCAACUGAAAGAAACUUUGGAGAAUAACUCUUUCCUCAUCACCACUGUGAACAAAACCCUCCAGGCGUAUAAUGGAUAUGUCACAAAUCUGCAGCAAGACACCAGCGUGCUGCAGGGCAACCUGCAGAGCCAAAUGUACUCUCAUAACGUGGUCGUUAUGAACCUCAACAACCUGAACCUGACCCAGGUGCAGCAGAGGAACCUCAUCACCAAUCUGCAGCGGUCUGUGGAUGACACGAGCCAGGCCAUCCAGCGAAUCAAGAAUGACUUCCAAAAUCUGCAGCAGGUUUUCCUUCAAGCCAAGAAGGACACUGAUUGGCUGAAGGAGAAAGUGCAGAACUUACAGACACUGGCUGCCAAUAACUCUGCCUUGGCCAAAGCUAACAAUGACACCCUGGAGGAUAUGAACAGCCAGCUCAAUUCAUUCACGGGGCAGAUGGACAACAUCACCACAGCCUCCCAAGCCAACGAGCAGAACCUGAAAGACCUGCAGGACGUACACAAGGACGCGGAGAACAGGACAGCCAUCAAGUUUAGCCAGCUGGAGGAACGCUUCCAGCUUUUUGAGACGGAUAUAGUGAACAUCAUUAGCAACAUCAGUUACACUGCCCACUACCUGCGGACGCUGACGAGCAAUCUGAAUGAAGUCAGGACCACGUGCACUGAUACACUGACCAAACACACAGAUGAUCUGACCUCCUUGAAUAACACACUAGCCAACAUCCGUUUGGAUUCUGUUUCUCUCAGGAUGCAGCAAGAUAUGAUGAGGUCAAGGUUAGACACUGAAGUAGCCAACUUAUCAGUGAUUAUGGAAGAAAUGAAGCUGGUAGACUCCAAGCAUGGUCAGCUCAUCAAGAACUUUACAAUACUACAAGGUCCUCCUGGCCCCAGAGGUCCAAAAGGUGACAGAGGACAGCAGGGACCCCCUGGUCCCACUGGCAACAAAGGACAGAAAGGAGAGAAGGGGGAGCCUGGUCCACCUGGCCCCGCCGGUGAGAGGGGCCCAAUUGGGCCCGCCGGCCCCCCUGGAGAACGUGGCGGCAAAGGCUCCAAGGGCCUGCAGGGCCCCAAAGGCUCCCGUGGAUCCCCCGGGAAGCCUGGCCCUCAGGGCCCCAGUGGGGACCCAGGCCCCCCUGGCCCAACCGGCAAAGACGGACCCCCUGGCCCUCAGGGCCCUCCUGGCUUCCAGGGACUGCAGGGCACCGUGGGAGAGCCGGGGGUGCCUGGACCACGGGGGCUGCCAGGCUUGCCUGGGGUGCCUGGAAUGCCGGGCCCAAAGGGUCCCCCCGGCCCCCCAGGCCCAUCGGGGGCAGCGAUGCCCCUAGCCCUGCAGAACGAGCCAACCCCCACACCUGAGGCUAAUGGCUGCCCCCCUCACUGGAAGAAUUUCACGGACAAAUGCUACUAUUUUUCGGUUGAGAAAGAAAUUUUUGAGGAUGCAAAACUCUUCUGCGAAGACAAGUCUUCACAUCUCGUUUUCAUAAACACAAGAGAGGAACAGCAAUGGAUAAAGAAGCAGAUGGUAGGGAGAGUGAGCCACUGGAUCGGCCUCACAGACUCAGAGCAUGAAAACGAAUGGAAGUGGCUGGAUGGGACAUCUCCAGAGUAUAAAAAUUGGAAAGCUGGACAGCCAGAUAACUGGGGUCAUGGCCACGGGCCAGGAGAAGACUGUGCUGGGCUGAUUUAUGCUGGGCAGUGGAAUGACUUCCAGUGUGAAGACAUCAAUAACUUCAUUUGCGAAAAGGACAGAGAGACAGUACUAUCAUCUGCAUUAUAAUGGACUGUGAUAUAAUAACAUGAGCAAACUUCUGGAUGGUUCUCAAAGGGAAAGGAUACUGCUCUCUGAUUGUAUCACCUUCUCUCCAGAUUGGAAAAAAAAGCACUGAAGACCAGUUUCUGAAAAGAUUGACGGCUGGUUAUCUUUACCAUCCUCCUUUACUCAAGGACUUCAGAACUAAAAUGUUCCCCCAGUAUGAUAUAUUGAUUUUCAGUAUGCAAAUGGACUGAAUCACAUAGAUUUUUCUCAGCCAGUAACUGUAUAAUUAUGCAAAACACAUCUUCCAAAGUAUGGAUUGCUCCAAUCAGAAAAAAGGCUAUCAUUGGUUGUUGAGCUCUAAGAACUUAAACUGUAUUGUGUAAACAGUACCUUACAUUUCUAAAAUCCCAAACGUAAGAAAAAUAUGCAGACAUACAGAUAUAUAAGCCAACUCUUAGUGAUAAUAUGAAAUAUACUUAAAGAGCUUUUAAAACUUUGUAUUUUUGUACAAAAUAUUUGCCUUUUUACAAUUUUUUCCUUUUCUUCUUUUUUUUUUUUUUUUGUCCUUUAACCAAUAUAAUACAUGGAGCCAAAGAAAACAAUAAUGGUACUAAUAAAAAAAA